CACUGGCGAGUCGAGUGGUGUGAUGUGUAGUACGAACUAUAGCUAUCGCCAAUCACCCCAUCACCCGUCCCCGUCAGGCAGGCGUCAACAUAGCGUCAACUGUAAUGAAUGACGUUUCUGUUCGACACAAUUUUAUGAAAUUGAAAAAUACAUUGUUGUAACAAUCUUCUUUCUAUGUGUGUACGAUAUGUAGUGCAUAGUUGACGGGAAUUGAUACUUUAUUGUACUGAUAGUUACGUAGUUGCGGCAAUUUGAAGCCGUUUAUUAUAAAGUCUCUAUUGAAUAGAUGGGUGUUAUGUCGGUGUUGUGCUAACUGGCAAACAAUAAAGCCAUAAAGUGAUUCAGGAUUCAAGAAAUAAAAUCGCAGUUGCUGAAAGUACUCGAAGGCGUGUUGUCCAGCCAGUAAAUAAUUGGGAGCGACAAUGACGUAUUAUGAUUACUAUGAUGGCAGUAGGAUAUUCUCAUUCAUAUCAACCAGAGUUGGGCUUCCCUUAGACUUAGUAAAUUUUUUGAUCGCACAAGUAGCUGCACUAUGCCUGGCAAGACUGUUUCGAAAACCAUUAAGAUAUGCUUCGCCGGAAUUUCGACAUUCUGUGUGCCUUGUUAUAGGUUUAACGAUGGGGUAUUUCUGUUUUGGAAGACAAGCGAUCCAUUUAUCGGUGCUACCCAUGUUAACCUACACAAUGUUAAAGAGCGUUUCACACAAUAUUAUGGGAAACGUUAUAUUGGCGGUUUCAAUGGUAUACCUUUCAUGUCUUCAUUUACAUCGACAAAUAUACCACACGGCUGACUAUUCUUUAGAUAUAACAGGUCCGUUAAUGGUAAUCACUCAAAGAGUUACAUCAUUAGCUUACUCACUGCAGGACAGUUUAACUGUAAAAGAAAGACCAACAUCAGCAAACUCAUCAGAAGCGAAUGGCAGACUAGUGAAAAUAGAGAAGAUUCCGUCACCGCUUGAAUACUUCGCAUAUACAUUAGCCUUCCAAACUUUAAUGUGUGGACCAGUAGUGUUUUACUCUGACUAUAUUAAAUUUAUUGAAGGUGCGCGCGUCGAUGAGUUCGAAAAAUCAAAACAUGCCACAGAACCAUCGCCGCGUCGUGCUGUGUUUUACAAAGUAUGCGGUUCAGUGGCCGCUGCCUUAUUAUAUUUAACUUUGGCUAAGAAAUAUCCUUUGGCUGUGUUAGAAGAAUUGACGGACCCUUCAUCAGAAGUGUCGCGGUCAUGGUCAGCCCUGUACCUGCUUUGGUACGCGUACUUGUCAACCCUAGUGGUGCGGUGCAAGUAUUACCACGCCUGGUUGCUGUCUGAAGCGAUAUGCAAUAACUGUGGCAUGGGAUUCAAUGGCUACAACAACGACGGAACGCCUAAAUGGGACAAAAUGUCCAACAUCGAUAUAUUUGGUUUUGAGUUUGCACAAAACUUCCGUGUGGCGAUCGCCAGUUGGAACAAGAAUACUAAUGCGUGGCUCCGUGAUGUGGCAUACGAGCGCGGUGGCGCGGCGUGGCGUACGGCGCGCGUGUACGCACUGUCCGCCGUAUGGCACGGCUUCCAUCCCGGAUAUUAUUUAACGUUUUUCGCAGGCGGACUCUUUACUAUUGCGGCUAGGAAGAUACGGUAUGUGGCUCGUCCGAUGUUUUUAGACAGUGUCCCCAAGAAACUUUUUUACAAUUUCGUAACAUUCUUCACCACAAGAGUUGCGAUGACAUACGCCACCGUGCCAUUUGUACUCCUUCAUCUCACUCCUAGCCUCGCUUUUUACGGGAAAUUUUAUUACUCCCUUCACUUCAUCGCUUUGGGUGCAAUGCUAAUACCUGAGAAGUCCACACGAUCCAAAGCAACACAAAUUCAAGAGAACAUCUCAUGUAAACUUAGUGCAGAAGCAUUGCCGACAUUGGAAUCAGUAGAAUCGUUAAAUGGGAAGCUUAAAAUAACAUAGAAUAUGUGCGUUUUGAGGUCUCUGAAGGUAUUUCUCAUUUUUAAUUACGAUUACAACAAUCAGAAAUAUUGUUAUAAACUAUAAUUGAUAUUAACAAGGAAUAAUCUUAUAAUUCAAUGUUAAGUAUACUAUUACGCACAAAAUACUGACAGCAAAAUAUUUGUGUAAAGGUAACUUUUAUUCUAACAUAAGAGUAAGAUGAUUUAUUUUCUAACGCUAAAACAGUGUUAAGUAUCUAAUUUGUAUUAUUAUCUAUUUAUUUCAGUAUUACCUCCAAUGAUAAUACACAUUAUGUAGGUAGUGACUCAAUUCAAUUCAGAAAUUGAUUUCAAUGAGAUGACACAAGGCAGCUACCUAAUCAUUAUUUUUUGUUGAACUGAGUUGUAAGUCAUAUAAGCAUUAUUCUAUCAACUUAUUUCUUGUAAGUGAAAAAGUUUAAUGACUGAAUAGGCACAGCCCUAUCAAGUAAGUCUGGGCGUACAGUCAGAAGUCUCCAAAGUAUUGUGUUUAUUACGCUGUGGAGAUUAGAUUGAAUUUGUUUAUAGAUAAUUGGAUUUUCGCUUCGAUACGCUCUUGAUUCUGCGCCCGUAUGAAUUGAUAGAUUGUAUAGUACAAUACAUGCCUUAUUGUUACCUAGCAAAAUACAGUUAAGAUUUAUUUUAUUUCUAAAAAGCAUACCUACCUAUAGCUUCUAAUAUUUAAAUGAGACAAUUGUGCAACCUAAUUAGGUAAAGCACUUGACCACAAUUUGGCCAUAUUGAGUCUGAAUAUUUAGAAACAAAUACAAAUGGAUUUCAUAGUUCUUAAUAUUCUUUAUUAUUAUUGAAAUACUUUUUAGUAUUACUGUUAAAACCACUGACUAAAAUGUGAUGUCUUAUAAUGAUCAUAUAUUGUGAAUUAAGUACUACAUAAGAUUAUUAUGUAUUGACUACUUAUAGAAAAAUGUUCUUUGUUCUACAUAUUACACUGGUUACUUGUUUACCCAUUGUUAACUACUUAAAAAUAUUUUUCGAAUCUAACAUAUUCUUGAAUUACAAAAUGUAUUCUUCAUGUUAUGCUACUAAAGUAAAGUUUGUUUAAAUAAAACAACAUAUCUUUAACAUAAUUGUUAUAUUUUAUAAUUAAUAGUUUGUGUUGCAUGAAUGGUGGUUUACUAAAUACAACUCAAUCAUUCGGUCAACAAUCAGAUUUCAUUUUAACAGUUGUAUUAAGUAAACCAACAAGCAUUUAAUAUAAUUAAAUUUUGAAAUGUAUUAUUAAUGAAAAUAUGAGUUUAAGGUUUUAAUUUUAAUCUGGAAUUGCCAUAACAUCGCAAAAGGCAUGCAUGAUAGUUAUAGUGUCUACAUUAUAUUAAGUUAUUUAUAAACAAUUUGGAAUAUUUGCCAAUAAUUUCUUAUUCGUAAUUUUUAAAAAUCAAUUCUCAUUAUUUCUAAAUUAUAAUAAAAACAAGAGUUUAGAUUGGAAUUAAUUAACUAUAAUUUUGUAUAAACUAAGUUUUUUCCAUCUUCAAAAGGGAGAGGUAAUAUUUUUUUUUAGUUCUGCAUGCAAGUUUUGUAUUUAUUAGACCAACAGUGACAGCUGAGUAGCCUGUAAGUGUUGACAGUGUAAAAGAUUUUUUUAAUGAACACAGAAAUAUACUGUAAACUAUCAUCAGUUGAAUAUGCAAGUGUGUGUAAAUACAAGAAAAUAUUGUAAAUCCAAGAUAGGAUGUAUAUUGUAACCAUUGUUACAUCCAAGUAAUUUUGACAGGUUGUGUACAUUUUACUUUAACAUAGCAUUUACAGAAUGUAUAAUUGUUUAUCAUCUGUUGAUCCAAUGAUUAAAAUAUCUAACUAAAACUUUGUAUUGCAUCAAAUUUGUGGAUGUGAUACCAAUUUAAUACCUCAAACAUGGAAUUGUAUUUAUUUUUGUUACAAAUUAAUUUUAUAUUAAACUUAUUUUAUAUGGUUAGUAAAAAAUAUAUUUUACA